ACCUUUCUCACUCCCGUCUCUCUCGCGUCUCUCUCUCCCUCAGUCCCGUCCGCCACCGGCCGCCCCCGCCAUGCCCGCCCACGCCACCGGCCGCCCCCGCCACGGCCACCCCCGCCACCGGCCGCCCCGCCGAGCCCACCCCCGGCCCCAGCCCCGUCCACCGCGGCCGCCCCACCCACGCCCCCGUUCGCUGCGGCCGCAGCGCCCCGGCCCGCCUCUGGCCCCGCUUCUGUCUGGUGCAGGACAGUACAGGAACUUCCAGCACCCCGAUCCCUACAUUGUUCCAUGGGCACCAGGCGGCACUAAAUUCACAAGAAACCCCCCUCCACCUCAAGGGAUGUCUAAAAAGGUGAAGCAGUUCACUAAGGGACUUGCGAAGAGAGCGUCCUAUGUCAUGAGAAAGGAGAACUUAGUGUUUAAGGGCACUAGUUUCAGCUUGAGUAGGCGUGAGCUUCCAUGUGGAGGUAUCGACCAUCACUCGUCACUGUAACCCGAUGGUGAUCGACGACCGUGAGCUUCCAUGUUAUUGUGUUCUAAUACUAACUGGAUAAUGAGAUGUGUCUUAUUAUGACUAUGCAUGAGACUUUUGUGAUGUAAUUGAUGAGACUAUGGAUUUAAAUAUUGCUAUGUGAUUGUGUG